CAAUCAAGAAGAAUAUUAAGAAGAAUCUCCUAAACCCUAGUUUAUCCUCUCAACUCCUAAUUUCUAUUCUCUCCUAAUCCAAGGCCUCGGCCGAUUCUUUAUCUAUUCUGUUCUUUCUCAUCUAAAUCCCUAAUUCCUUCUCUCAACCCUAAAUUCCUAUUCGUUACGAGUAGUAACGGGUACCGAAGAUCAGUCCCUAGAAGCCUUAAGAAGCGGGUUUCUUACAGUGGUAUCCGAGCCUGGUUACAGGCACCCACAUCAGAAUCAUGUCGAGUUCUCAAGAACACGAAUGGAAGGAAGCUGAUCGAAGGCGAUUCGCAGAAAUAAGAAAAUUUUCGGGGAGCUGGCGUCAUGCGAUUGGAACGAAGAUGAGGAUGAUUGGUUGGACGACGACGAAGACGAUGAUGUGGCACGCAUGGGUGAAGGCAUGAAGCUCGAAGACAACAUCGGGCGAGACAAGGAGGUGAUCUCCUUUGCUUCGGCCGACCCACCAGCACCGACGCAGAUCACCGCUAGGGCCAUCGAGAGGAUUACCGCGACAAAAGACGUCAAUGAGAAGUUGUCGUACAAAACUCCAACUUCUCCGAGAUGGCGAGUCUGUACCACAAAAUGUCCGGAGGUAGAUCAUCCUAUAGCUACUAUCCUGCCGCCGACUGUUCUGAAUAUCAGCAAAGAUGAGGUCAUUGACUACAACUAGAAAUUUAGAAAGAAAAGUGGGACGAGAAAGGGGGUUACAACAGAGCAUGAGGAAUAAGACUCAAAAGUCAUCGGAUCGAGCUUGCUUUCUCGCCGCCUGAUGUAUAUAUCAAGUCAUCAAAUUCCCCCACACUUAACCGUUUGUUUGUCCCCAAGGAAACCUGACCCAAACCAAUGCAGCUCUCCAGACCUCUAUAGAAACAUGCACCCCCGAUCGUCCCCGAUCGUCGGUAGAGGAUUUCCUAUAUCAUUUAACAGCUUACGAGGUCAACCGACGCACAAGACACCUCCUAGCUUCUUUGGCAAGAACUCUAGUCUCGAGUCUGCAUCAUGGAAAAUAGUAAUCAGAGGACAAAUGAAUCGUGGACGAAGGGACUCUCAAAAACAGAAAGAUCAUAGACUCACCAGGGACAGACGGAACGGUGGAACAGCCACAGAGCUAGACUCAUCAAAACACCGGAGCUGGAUGCCAAUAGGGUGGAUGCUCAUAGAGGUGUAGGAACAGGUGCCCACAAGAGCUUCUUUACCAUCUUUUAGCUGGACGCCAAUAGGGUGGAUGCUCAUAGAGGUGUAGGAACAGGUGCCUCCAAGAGCGGAUCCACAUCGCUCUUGAAGUACAAAUUCAGAUGGUGGCCAUGCACACGACGGGUGUGACCACCAGCACUGGUCAACUCGACCUGGCCAUCCGGCAGGAUGCAAGCAAGUGACUACUCGGAUGGCUAAGACGGUCGUGCCUUAGGAGACGGGACCAACUCAUAGUGGUCUCUAGCUUUCUUUCGAGCAGGCUUAGCUACCUGCAGUUUCGGCCGCCACUCCUCCUUAAUCCGCUCUGUUGGUAACUAAAAGCGGGGGCGGUGGAGGAGGAGGGGGUGCAAAGUCCUGCAAAAUGGGAGACACAGAAGGAUACUCGACAGCCUCGUGUACCUGGUGAGAUAAAGCAUGCACAGGCGAGAUAACAUUCAUAUUAUUAGUAAUGGAAAAUGUUAUCUGCUCCUCGCCAUCUCUCAAAGUCAGGGUCCCAUCAUGCACAUUUAUGAGAACCUUGGUGGUGUCUAGGAAAGGCCUACCUAGAAAAAGGGGAAAUUCUGUGUCCUUAUUGAUGUCCAAGACAACAAAAUCCACAGGAUAAAAGAAUCUGCCAACCUUAACUAGGAGGUCUUCCACUAUGCCCCUUGGAUGAACUAUAGACCGGUCAGCUAAUUGAAUACUUAUCCUAGUUGCACUGGGUUCACCUAGGGCUAGUUUCUUAAACAAUUUAUAUGGUAUAACAUUGAUACUAACGUCUAAAUCUGCCAAGGACCUCCCUACAUACAAAUUACCAAUAGAGCACGGGAUAGUAAAACUACCUGGGUCCUUCCGCUUCUGCGGGAGCUUAUCCUGCAAGAUGGGAAGAAUCUGCUCUGGGAUGAUAAUCUUCACUCCAAGGAUGAAAUCCAAGCUUGAUUGAGGAAAGGGUUAUAGGUAUAAUAUGCCCCUCUCUUAUGUCGUUUUAUCAAACAUGCCCCUCUACUAUUUUUUACAUCAAACAUGCCCUUGUACUUUAGAAAAAUGAUCAAACAUGCCCUUCUGUUAAUAUUUCAUCCAAAAACAAUCAAUCAUGGUCGUACCUUGGUUUGGGCGACACAAAUGUCUAAAAUAUCCUUGGUAAUUUCACUUUUAAAAUUUUUGGGUUCUUUUGUAGAGCCAAAUACCUCUAAUAAUUUCACUUUAACGAGACCUAGAAAAAUAAAAUGGGGAACAAAACUGACAUUUUCGCUCUCAUUUGCCGAUGUCGGGUCAUCUACAUCUCGGUUCAACCAUGGUUGGCGAUUUUUUUAAUGGAAAUUUUAACAGAAGGGCAUGUUUGAUCAUUUUUUCAAAGUACAAGGGCAUGUUUGAUAUAAAAAAUAGUCUAGGGG